UUUCCGGUACCUUGCCAACCCUACUUGCUCCUUACCACAUCCUCCAAGCGCCUGAAAGCUAUAAAAGCCUUGCCUUUUACUGAAGCAGUACCCUCAUCGUCUGCUUCCUCGUUCUCUCUUGCAGACAAUCUUAUUUUCCUAGGGUCACUGCAUUUGUGCAUGUACUCGAACCAGCUCUGCAGCUCCCACAACUCUCAUCGCGGCUCGAAACACACGACGGCCGGGUUCCUCAUACAGUUCUAAGUCCUUACUUGUCCACCUAUUUCGCAUAUACACCCAUAUCUAUCUACAAUGGCUCCCAACGAUUCCGGAUACACCACCCCUGAAUCCGAACUAGUUCUGCCAGUUCACCCUACCGCUGCUCGUCGCCCGCACGCCAUCGUCGUGCAGUCCGAAAAUACGUCCUUCACCGACGAGCACAUUACUGCGAAAUUCCACAACCGUAAUGCCAAUAUUACCGUUGUCAAUGGACAGUAUAUCGUUAACCCGACCGUCGAGUCGUUCGAGUUCCAGACCAAGCGCCAAGUUUCGAAGACUGGUCUGAUGAUGAUUGGUAUGGGAGGAAACAAUGGUACCACUUUGUGUGCGACCAUUCUUGCCAACCGUCACAAUGUCAUCUGGCAUACCAAGGCGGGCGUCCAGCAGCCCAACUAUAUUGGUUCCCUUCUUCGUGCUUCCACCGUUCGCAUCGGUACCGAGACCGCCACUGGCAAGGACAUCCACGUCCCAGUCUCCGAUGUGCUGCCUAUGGUGCACCCCAACGACCUCGUUCUCGGUGGUUGGGACAUCUCUGGCUUGUCUUUGGACAAGGCGAUGGAGCGAGCUCGUGUUCUCGACUACGACCUCCAGCGCCAAGUCGCUCCUCACAUGGCUCAGAUGAAGCCUCUUCCUUCCAUUUACUACCCUGAUUUCAUCGCUGCAAACCAGGAGGCGCGUGCGGACAAUCUCAUCCCGGGCUCCGACAAGCAAGCCCAUCUCGAGCAUAUCCGUGCCGAUAUUCGCAAGUUCAAGAAGGACAACGGUCUCGACCGCGUCGUCGUCUUCUGGACCGCCAACACUGAGCGCUACAGCGACCUCAUUCCCGGUGUCAACGACACCGCCGACAACAUCUUGAACGCCAUCAAGACCUCCCACCCGGAAGUUUCCCCCUCUUCCGUCUUCGCAGUCGCUGCGAUCCUCGAGGGUGAACCCUUCGUCAACGGCGCUCCCCAGAACACCUUCGUCCCAGGUAUCAUCGAGCUCGCUGAACGCGAAAAGUCGUUCAUCGGUGGUGACGAUCUCAAGUCGGGCCAGACCAAGCUCAAGUCCGUCUUGGCCGAGUUCCUCGUCAACGCUGGUAUCAAGCCGUUGUCCAUCGCGUCGUACAACCAUCUCGGUAACAACGAUGGUCAUAACCUUUCUGCGGAGAGGCAGUUCAGGAGUAAGGAGAUCAGCAAGAGCAGUGUCGUCGAUGAUAUGGUCAAUGCGAAUAGGCUGUUGUUCAAGGCUCCUGAGGCGGGUGUGGAGGGUAAGGGCGAGCAUCCCGACCAUGUCGUGGUUAUCAAGUAUGUUCCCGCUGUCGGCGACUCCAAGAGGGCCAUCGACGAGUACUACUCUGAGAUUUUCUGCGGUGGUCGGUCGACUAUCAACAUCUUCAACGAAUGCGAGGACUCCCUCCUCGCUACGCCUUUGAUCCUCGACUUGGCUAUCCUCACGGAACUCCUCACUCGCGUCAAGUACCGCAAGGCCGAGACCAGGGAGUUUCAGCCUCUCUACAGUGUCCUCUCGUUGCUCUCGUACAUGCUCAAGGCUCCACUCGUCAAGCCCGGCACCGAAGUCGUCAACAGCCUCAACAGGCAGCGUAACGCGCUCGAUGCAUUCCUCAAAGCUUGCAUUGGCUUGGAGGGCAGCAGUGACUUGUUGCUAGAGACCAGGAUUUGGUAGAUCUAGAUCUUCACGCGCAAGGGUUCAACAUCCGUAGAUUAGAUUUUUCUGUUUGCUUUACGUGUCAAGCGUCCAUUCAACUGGCGUCGACGAAGAAGGGUUGACUAAAAUGGUCCCCAGUUUGUGUGAUUUUAUAUACGUACUGAUUUUUGAAUGAAUGAUAUAUCGAUUGUUUUACUAUUGUGAUGGCGUUGUGCCACGAUGAAGUAUCACUUACUCCUACAACUCUAUUUGAUUUCUUGGCGAUGGUAUGACUUGUUGAGAUUCGAGCAAGGGAGGGAACGAAAAGAGCAACUCGUUUAGCCUAUGUACGUCGACGUGGAGGUAAACGGUAAAGAAAAGAAAACUGCGGGUACGGUAAGUAACGGGUUCGGAGCCGAUUGAUUCCGAUGGCUCGUACAGCCAC